AAGUGUGAUAAGAAGAAAAAAAAAAAAAAGAAAAUGAGUGAGACAGACAACGAGUAUAAUACAUCGGUAUUUAAUUCUGUGGAGUUACAAGUAAACGAUAUAUUAAAUCCUACGUUACACGAACACAGUCUUUUGCAAAGUUACGUAAGUAUUGGUAUCGAUGAUACAGACACGAAACAAUCCAAUGAAGAAUCUAAGAAUGUAAAUAAGAAAACACAUACGAGGCACUGCCUUGGAAAAAAUGAAGGAAAUGAUGAUUUUGAUAAUGAAGAUGCAGCUAAUGGCGAUUCUAAUAAAAUAAAAAAAACUAAUAAACGAGUUAAAAGAAAAACCGAUACGUCAUUCAUAGAAGUUCAAGUGCAGAUGCAAAAAUCUCGAAUAAAGCAAAGAAAUAAUGUUGCUCAACGUCAGGAAGAGAUUUAUACGGAUAAAGAUCGUGCCGCUGCCGUUAAUAUGGGCAGCAAGGAUAUUAAACAAUCCUUAAAGCAAAAAAAGCGGUUAGACCGCAUUAAGAGUCCAUUACUUUCAGAUAUGGCUGAGCCCGGCUCUAUUCUAGAAUUAGGAAAACGAGAAAUGCGACUUGGCAAUGUCAAUGUAGCAUUUAAUUUUAUAAAUAAGGCAUUGGAAUUGAGUCCUAAUGAUACUAAUGCAUUGAUAGCACGAAGCAGAUGUUAUCUUCUAUUGGGCAAUCCACAAAACGCAUUGCAGGAUGCUGAAACUGCGUUGCAAUGUAAAUUAAAAGAUUCGGUAAACGCUCGUGCAGUUUAUUAUAAAGCGGAAGCUUUAUAUUAUCUCGGUGAUUUUGAGAUGAGUCUGGUAUAUUAUUACCGCGGAAUGAGAAUGCGACCAGAGUUUGGACAAUUUCGCUUAGGAGUACAGAAAGCGAAAGAUGCGAUACGAAAUAUAUUAAAUAAUGGUUAACAGAAAUCAUUGUAAUAUUUCAUUUUAAUAUAUCUAAGUUAUUACAUCUAUAUCUUAUAGAAUUUAGCAUUUAAUUACAUCUUAUUCGAAAUAUUUUUCAUAGUACUAUACGUUCGACGAUUCAUUUGAUUAAACUAUUUUAAUAACAGAAUACCUAUGUAAAAAUAGUCUCUGAUAAAUAACAUUUGUAUGCGCAUGAGAGAAGAACCCCUAUACAUAGAUAACCAUAUGUACAUAAAUGUACAUCCUAUCGAUGAUUGAAAUUCAAAGCACUAUCUAUAAUAUUAAAAUUAACUUUAAAUGUAUGCCCCUGGUAGUAUGCUAUGUUCUUUUUUAGACGUAAGACAUGCAACCCAAUUUAAAUAAUUGUAUACAUAUCAGUAAGAAUAAAACUAAGAAUUUAAAAUUUUAAAAUUUUAAAUAAACGUAAAGUAAUAAUAAAACAUUUCUCUAAAUGUUAA